UCCUUCUAGGCGACCGCCUUCCCUUUCUCUUCUGCUCUUUGAUUAUUCAACUUCCGUUUUCCGGGAAAAGGUCUUUUUGGCGUCGCCGAAGCGGCAAGAUGGUGAACGUCCCCAAAACCCGCAGGACCUACUGCAAGAAGUGUGGCAAGCACCAGCCCCAUAAAGUAACCCAGUACAAGAAGGGCAAAGAAUCUCUGUAUGCGCAAGGAAAGCGUCGAUAUGAUCGCAAACAGAGUGGAUAUGGUGGCCAGACGAAGCCUAUCUUUCGCAAGAAGGCAAAGACCACAAAAAAGAUCGUCCUGAGGCUGGAGUGUGUGGAGCCCAACUGCAGGUCCAAAAGGAUGCUGGCCAUUAAGAGGUGCAAGCACUUUGAGCUGGGAGGAGACAAGAAGAGAAAGGGCCAGGUCAUCCAGUUCUAGAUAUUCAUCUUUGUUCUUUGCUAUGCAAAUGCAUUAAAAUACUGUCGGAACACCCACUUA